AUGCUGGACGGUGGCUUCGCUGAGACGCUGUCUGGGUCAUGCAAGCUUCACCAUGUAAAGCCGGAUAUCUUUGCAGAAUUCACUGCAUGGGCAUACACUCGGAAACUCAGUCCACUCUGGGAGAGAGAUAGAACAGUCCACACUAACCUCGACUCAUACCUCAUCUUCCUUGUCAAUGUUUAUGGAUUCGCCGAAGGCCACCUCGUUCCACAACUCCGGAUUGACGCUUUGACCGCCAUUCACAACAGCAUGCUAAGAGGAGCUUCUCUUUGGACCCUGACCAAUGAAGUAUAUCACCAAUGCGAAACCGAGGCCUUGCUGCCCACGUGUCCUCUCUUUCAAUAUACGAAAGACUUGCUGGUCGUCAAAAAGAGUAAAAAUAACCCAAAAGAAAGGGAGCAAGCAGCAGAGACAGUGAGAAUGUUGCCGGUUCAUGUGCUCUCGGACAUGCUCUUGAUAUUCAAGGACCUACUAAGGGCAGACUAUACCAAAAAGCAAGCAACAAUAGAGGACGGCUACCACAGAUUCCAAUACGAAGGCAAAUACCCGCAGGAGUGUAGUGAAAACACUAGGCAGUUGGGGAAGGAACAGUUGUCCAACCCCUGGCUGAACACACUACCGUUCGAUGUUUGGGCGAUGGUUAAGAGGUACGAAAGAGAAAGUCGUCCCGUUUCAAAGAGAAGCCUUUCUGUGAGUGAGGAAGAGGCGAUUAUGGCUCUUUCAAGGAUGCGGAUAGAUUCUAGUGAUGUCACUGGCGGUUAA